CCACUUUGGUCCUCUGAGCUAUGUUGUUUGGGUGGCCGACGCGCGUCGGUGCUCCUUUGUUACGAGACCAACAAUACAGCUUCGGUAUGCAUGCACAUUUUAUACCAGCCUUCUUUGCAUGUCUUGUGUGCGCCCUCGACUGCUGCCGGCAGCAGACCGCGAAGGCUCGGCUAAAAGUUUACGUGCACUGAGAAGAAUGAGACCGUAUAAAACACCGGAAUCCACAAGCAAUGGUAAAGUGGGUUAGGAAGACGACGUCAAGCCCAUCUCGUUUUGUGCCUGCCUUCUUUUUCAACGUCGCGUCACUGGCGACUGCGGCGGACACCGUCCGUACUACCUAGCUCGUGCCCGUAGCCCCAUUAUUUUUCGACGCUUGGCUAGCUUUGCCGAGGAUCGUAUGCUAGCUGCUAGCACGACACGGAUCGCACUCCGCGCGAGUGGCAAGGUAGCACCAUGUAGCACAGAUCGGCUUGGCGCAAAGCCACGGCCUCUAUGCCACGGCCACGGACGACCGGCCGCAUCGGUGGGUGCAUCGGCUGCGGCGGCAGCACUGUCGAGCUGUCGACAUACAAGACGCGCUAGGGACGUGCUUUGCAACCGGAAGGCGUCCCCGGCUGUGUCGAGCGGCUGAUGGUACGAUCAGAUUGGAGUAGUGUAGCGGGUGUAGCUGUGGCUAGGUUUGGGGGGGACGGACAGAGCGGAGCGUAUUCAAUGGGGUAAAAUCGAAACACUCGAGCUCGAUGAAGUUCGUCGCGUACUGGGCCCUCCUUACGUCGUGCUUCACGUGCGUUCGAUGCUUCCGUUGCAGCUACGUCCCGCCAAAGAUCGAAGAUGUGCUUAACCCGGUGCACUUAGAACCUUCAUCGCAUGUAAGAAAACGAAGCAUUAGUCAACCUCUAAGAAUCAAGGUGUUCUACGAUAAAAGCGUUUUCAGGUUGCAGCCGGAGAAAUUCGGGAUAAUAAAUGACACAAUCUUACCUGAGGCACUUGCGUACUGGGAGAGGACUCUUAUGGUCAGGCCAACUCUAGUGCCUAUAAGGUUGAACAGGAAAUGUCCAAACAACCAAGCCUUCUCACCAGAUCAGGACCCGUACCUUUACUGCAAUGAACAUUGCGAGAACGAGACAACCUGCGGCGAAGUAGUCGUUCCUGAAGAGCAUUUAGAGCCUUGCAGAGUAUGUGACCGCACGGGCCGCUACUGCCGGACGAAGGGGAGUGCUGGCCGAGGUAUACCUGAUGCUGACUUUGUGUUUUACGUGUCAGCCAUGCAGACUGAUCGCUGCUUCAAGGGCCAAACCGUUGCUUAUGCGGCCCAUUGUCAGCAAGAAGCGUCAACUGAUAGACCUAUUGCUGGCCACGCCAACCUCUGUCCCGACUCAAUCUCUACAAAGCCGCAAGAUAUGGACACCCUGCUGUCCACUGUGAAACAUGAAAUUCUUCAUGCCUUGGGUUUUUCGGUGAGCUUAUAUGCAUAUUUUCGUGACAAAAAUGGCUAUCCAUUGACACCUCGAGAACGGAAUGGAAAACCAGCAGUGAACAAAGAGUUGCAGACACACAAAUGGAGCGACCGUGUCAUGAAGAAAAUUAUUAGGCAUGACUGGAAGAUACAUAGUGGAUCUAUGAGCAAGGAAUUUUGGAUCAUGGUUACACCUCGUGUUGUGGCAAAAGUUAGGCUCCACUUCAACUGCUCCGAGCUGAAAGGUGCCGAGAUGGAAGACCAAGGGGAGGAUGGAACAAGGCUGACACAUUGGGAGAAGCGGCUGUUUGAGAAUGAAGCAAUGACUGGAACCCAUACCCAGAACCCGGUGUAUUCAAGGAUUACCUUGGCUCUCAUGGAGGAUACAGGGUGGUACCUUCCGAACUAUGACCAAGCACAGCCGCUCAAGUGGGGCCACAACCUCGGCUGUGACUUUGCUCUCAAGAGCUGCAAGGAAUGGAUUGACAACCGUCGAGAGAGGGGCCUGACCAUCCAUCCCUUUUGUGACAAAGUGAAGAAAGACCCCUUGGAGACAGAGUGCACAGAGAGCCGAGAUUCUGUUGCCUUGUGUAAUCUAGUCGACCACGGUGAAUACCUGCCUAAGAGGUUUCAGAAUUUUGAUUAUAUCCCUGGUGUGCCUUCCACAGACCUAGGCAGACACGGUGGUUCUGUAAUACUGGCAGACUAUUGCCCUUACAUUCAGGAGUUCACUUGGAAAUCGAAAAACACUGUUGUACGAGGAUCACAGUGCCAGUUUGAAGAGAACAGUCCUCAGGAAGAAAAGAACUUUGCGCUGGAGUACUAUGGGCCUGGCUCCAAAUGCUUCAACCACAACAAGGAGACGUGGCAGGAACGGACAUGCAGCCAAGUGCGCCAGUGGCAGCACUGGGGCAGUGGUUGUUACAAGUACUCAUGCUCCAGUGGGCGACUACACAUAGAGGUGGCCAACCACACAUACACAUGCUACCACUCCAAGCAAGAGAUCCGGAUUCAGCUGUAUGCCAAUGGCUGGCUCCACAUUGGUGCUAUUGUGUGUCCAUCAUGCCGUGAUGUCUGCACAGAUGAGAGCAUGGAGUGUGAUGCAGACUUGGUGAAGGCAAGUUAUGUCCUGGCCGAGAAGCAGUUCCACAAGGACAUGCUGUAUUGUCACAGUGUGGACCUUCACGCUAGCACCGUGCUGUGCUUAGCACUAUGCCUUCUGGUUGUCAUUAGGUGACGAAUGCUUUUUACUUGGGAUGUGAGGUAAAUAUCACCUGUUUGACCAUUUUGUGACAAAGGAGCGAGCCUACCAGGAAGUGCGCCAACUGUAAAUUGUCAUCCCGAUCAGAAUUCGAAGCAUAUCACAGUGAUGGCUAAAGUGUUGUGCUGGUAACAUAAAAGGAGCUCUGCAAAACCUACUGCUCUACAUUAGACAAAGCUCCCUGCACCACAUGCAAUGGUCACGGUACUCUUCACAUGCAAACAAAAUCACAUGGUAAGGGCAGGGCAGUGGUUCACUGGCAGUUCAGUCAUGGCAUUAUACAAAACACAUGUUGUUGUCAUAGUAAUGGUGUCAUUCUUUCUGUAAUUAUCGAGUUAGAAAUAAGUAAAUGUAAGUAAGUGACUAAAUAAGGUGGAAAGCAGCCGGCUUGGAACCUUGACUCUUUUAAUUCAGAGUCGGGUUCCUCACCCAAAUGCACCACCUGAUCCUGGUUGAUGGGAAGCUGUUGAUUGGCACAACAUAUGUGCCAGAAAGAUGCGAUGCUUCGUGGUGCAUCUGCAGGUCUCUGCGAAAGAACAGACCAGAGGAAGUUCUAGUGUGUUUCACACGGCACUGGAACGGAACCAUUGGCGACGGAGCUUAUUGAGAACAGGCACUAGGCUGUAUCACAGGACAUCUCCGCAAGGAAAAUUUUUUUCUAUUAUGUCAUCAGGACAGUCCCUAUGCAGAGUUGUCCUGCCUUUAUUCUUUUUUUCCCCACCUGUAAAUGGGCUCUGGUCUCCUCUUACUCAACACCUGCGAAUUGUGGCUUUCAUAUGUAGCAAGGACAAUGUUGGUUCUUUACAAAUGUGCCUGUUAAAAAAUGCAAAAAUGUUUGUGUAUUUAGAAUUAGGUGCACAUUAAAGAACCCCAGGUGAUCAAAAUUAAUCCAGAGCCCCUAUUACAUCAUGCCUUAUAAUCAAAUUGUUGUUUUGGCACCUAAAACCCCAUAAUUUCAUUUUUACAGCAGUCGUGCAUUGUGCUUAUGCCCAGAGAGCUUGUCUGAAAGGUCUAUAAAGUAGAAUUAACCACAAGAAGAUAAAAAUGUGGUGGGCAUUGCAGGGGCCCCCUUCAUAUAGGAGAGCUGGAGCACACUUCUUCUUUCACAUUUGUGUGCUUCAAUUUUGUCAACCUUUUGAUGGUUUUAUCUAUCCAUAAUUUGCGUACUAUUGCCAUGUCAAGUGUUACUUGCCCUUAUUGUAAAGCAUUGACAGCGCUGGCUACUACAGCAUUACGCACAGUAACGAUCACUGUGUGUCGCAAUAAAUUAGACUCGGUAAACAUUGUCAUCAAUGUGCAAAACAACCUCCACAUCACUGUUAAUCUGAAAUUGGGCUGCGACGUGCACCAUAUGGGAGUGUUUGCUCAUUUGUGUGAAAAUAGUCAUUACAUGUGAACUUGUGCAGUACAUGUGACUUGUGGCUGUGUUUUUGUUAGGGCUGGAAGAGAAUUGAUGCCAGGUCUGUGUUUGACUGUGCAUUAUCAAGGGAUGGGUAACAUUGCUCUGUGUAUGUUGUGAAUAAGGCAGUGGUUCUAUGUGUGUGGCCACGCAUACUAAGCAUAGGGAAAGUGUGUUUCACAACCUUGCUUCCUGUGUAUGCUGAAAAGCAGAACGCCAUGAAAAAAAUGUAUAUUUUAUCUAUACACACAGCCUCAUGUGCUGCACAAACAUCUUAAAUCAUACUAUGGCUCUCUCUGCCACAUUUCAGCUUUGCCCCAAUUUUCUAUUUUGCGCACACUUUCAGAGCAUAAAUAAUUUCAUGAAAAAGUGGCUUAUGUAAUGGCACUUUCUUUUUUUUCUUUUUGAAAGAUGUUACAAGUGAAGUGCAAGAGUUGCUUGCUGCAUUUUGUUGGACUUGGAAUGUGUGGCAUUAAGUCUAGAGACAGUUCUACAAUGCAGUAUACUGUUGAGCAUACUAUUUUAGAAAUAUUUUUUUUUCUAAACCUGCACUGAGCUUUAAUUACGCUUAGCAUAUCACCUCCUGCAAUGUGCCAGCAAGAUCUGGAAAAUGUGGCAACAAGUUUUUUUGUACUGUGUAGUGACUUCAAGAUCAGCAUUCAAGAACUUUUAAUGAAAUAAACUGUAGAAGUUAUGCACAGCAUGUUAGUGUAACUCUACUAUUUGGCCAGGCAAAGACAAUUUGCACGUUCUAACUCCAACAAAGGGACACUUGGCAAGAAAUAAUCAAACAUUUCAAUUGUGGACCUAUAUUUGCAGUAUGAUGUUGAAGGUGACCAGUAAAGCUGACCCACUUUGAAUGCACUAUGAUGCAUCAUAACAUCAUUAGGAUUAAAAUAACAGUUAAUUUCUACCAUAUUUUAGUUUGUUAUUGCUGUCCUGGAGGAAUAAGCCUUGUUUCCCUUUCAAUGCAAUGUGUGCAUUUGAAAUUAUCAGAAGCUAAGCUUUGAAUGAGUUACUCAGAUAUUUUUAAUAUAUAAAUUUACCUUAUAUUAGAUUGUCGGGUUGUUGUUUUAGUCCUUUUAAUUUUCCAUCAUGCCACGUACAUUCCCACCAGUAUCACAUUGUUGUUGCGCAAAGUAAUGAUGUACGCACUUUAUCUUGUUAUGUGCUGUAUUACUGUGGUUUUGAACAUGCCUCCUUCUGUAACGGUUGGCAUGUUUUUUAUGUCUGGAGAAAUGGCUUGAAUAUCUAGGCAAAUGGUUCAAAUAUUUCGACGAAUGGUGUUUGCCAGAUGUAGUUCAUGCAUACAUUUCCAUGUCAGUCAUCUUGUUCCUUGCAUGCAUCAUCAGAGAAUAUUUACUUUUAUCUGUGCACCUUUUCGUUCUAAUGAUAGAGCCUGCAUUCAACCUUUGCCUGUAGGUUUACCGGCAUAAAUUUGGCAUUGCUAACGAACAGACUUGUGGUCGUCCUUGUUACUUUUGUUAUUUUCACCAUUAAGAGUUUUCAGGCCUGUGGAUUGCAUAAAACAUGGGUCCAUUUAGAAGAGGCAACGUUCAUCAUUUAUUGAAACUGAGUUUUCUUCAUUGUCACUGUGUUUGCAUCUCAACCACUACUACACUGUUAUGCACUGGUGCUUAUACUGGGCAUACCAAGAAAUUUCUGGGGAAUUCUAUAGAGGCACACACAGUAGUGUUAGAUUUUGAGGCCACAUGGAUCCUGAAAAGUAUUUCUCCAGAGCCUAAGAUUGCAACUUCGGGUUCAGCAAUGCAUUCCUCACUACCAUGUGUGACAACCACACUGUGACUGUAGUUUGCAGGCUUCAUGCCUAACUUUCACAGAAAUAUACAUAGCUUGCUUUGUUUAUGGGCUUUUUAGCCUUCAGUAAUAUACUUGCUCUGGUGUAUGAAAGCCCAGUAUUUUUCUCAUGCUUUCAUUGGUGUGCUGCUGCACUGCUAUUUCACUCAUAAACAUCAUUGGUAAGGUUAUUGCAAAGGCUUCAUCAACGAAUAUUGUCUUGUGCUUUCACUGUAGAAUAAGCCUUUUUCCUUUGUUCUAUUUAGCAGGCCAAAUGCUCUGCUUCCUUGUAUCAUAUGCCAUCUGUCAUCAAUUUUUGUUUUUUUCAUCAAGGUGUUGCUACGAAGCUUGUUUUUAAACAGUUGACUUCUGUGUCUGCGCUGCCCUUUCAGCAUGGCCUGCUUUAUUUGCACUUGUUUAUGUUCCUUCUUGUACUUCAGUCAUGCCAGAGUAGGAGGAGAAUCUGCCGCAUUGCAUGCUAUUUAUUCUUGUUUUAUUUACUCAAAUGUCUACUUUUUACUUUGUACAGACCCAUGUGCCAUUGUGAAUGGCAAGCACUUCAUGUUUUCAGGCCCACAGAUUGUUUAGUGUGUAUGUUUGGAAGUGCUGCAUGUUCCUUAAAGCAUGUACUGUUUCCUGAAUCGUUGUAAUGAUGAAGUUUGUGUUAUGUGGGAUGCUAGUUUGGAGUGCGUAUGUGAUGUAUGUUCAGGUGGGUGCACUAGCGAUUGCAACCCCAUGUAUACCACUGUCUCAACAGUGUCAGAAUGGCCCCUUCAGGUUCCCUUGUGUGCAAUCUGCCUUAUAUAUAGCACUGCAGCGCCACCUCGCAGAAAUAAAAUAGCAGGCAUUGAACCACCACAACAGCAGGCAGGCACAUGGCAUGAACUAACCUGCAGCACCUUCACAUGCUUACCUAUUGUGUUAGUGAUCUUCGUUUUACAUUAAUGGAAGUUUCCAAAGCUGGAUUUGAGGUCUACUUUGGCAUCAGGUGCUCAGACUUAUUUUUUUGUCUAUAUUAUUAUUAUUUUUCUAGCAAAUUAAUGCACAUUACAUCUCUUGAUUUGAUAAAUAUAGUAUUACUGGUGCAGUUAAUCUCCGAAAUAUAUAUCAAAGACAUCUGCUCCGAAAGAGAGACUCUUCCCAAACACAUGUGAAAAGGAAUUAGUAAUGGAAAGCAUCCAGGUGCUGAAGUGCUGAAACUCAAAUGCCAAACGUGAACCAAGUUGACGAGUGCGGCUCGUCCCCGACAAGCAAAGCAGAAAAAGCUGUGGCCUGGAUGAGUAUGGCUCAGGCAUAAUAGUGUUAAUUAUUAGCCUAUCUACAAGACUGAACACCAAAGAGAGAAAUUUGCAUCAGGCUAGGACAUCACAGCAAUGUCUUGCCACUUGCCAGCAUAUCUGUCUAUGUUUUACUGACACAGAUAUGUUAUACCUGUAUGAGCGAAAGCAAUUGGGUGUGUCAUUUUCUUAUGUAGAGGGGUGCAAAUUUUCUACAACUAUCCACAUUUUGUUCCAAACCAGUACUGUACGAGCACUGCAAAUCUUUUAAGUGUUGCAUGCCUGUCUGCUGCAUAAAGCCCUGCAAAACUAUUGGUUUCACUAAGAACUUUAAGUGGCUAACACCAACAAAUCUGCUUGCACCUUUUCAUGCAUAUCUUAUAUCGGUGCACGAUAGCCGUGAAAUUUAUUCUAUGUACACCCGUCUUUGAGGCGCAUAGUCAGACCUUCCAGUGUUGCUGGUCAUGGUUAACAAAAAUUUCUGAGCCACUGUGAUUUGUUCCAAGAUGCUUGCAACACAAAAUUGGUUCAUGUCCAGGUCAUCAACGAUGCCAGCUCUCCUAGUCUCGCAUGUCAUUUUCUCUCCAAUCCAUGGGUGCCUGCUAAAACGUUUGUUUUCAGGGCUCGCCACUAGAGCGCAUGGUAUGUGCACGACAGUCAUGCAUAAGGCAGUGCAACUCUAGAUUACAAACUGAGAAUCACAAGCAGUUAAAAAAAUUAUUUUCAAAACUGUAAUGCACGCAUAUUGGAGCACAUCUGAUUCUACCUGUGUAAUGAAAUUAUUUGUCAAGCAUAAGGUACAUGGGAAAAAUUGCUUUUAAUGCUGCCCAGGACAGUAAUAGAUGACUGGAAUGUAUGUUUUCUUCUUUUAGCAUUAUUGUUUUGCUUAAUUUAAACAAAAUUACAUUCACGCUCAUGUGAAAGAGCUUGAUAGUGUGUACUUACUUUUCGUUGCAUGCAUAUCUUUAUAAGUCUGUACUUCAGCUACCGAAAAAGUGCAGAGUGGCCCUUUGAUGGUGCUUACUUAUGUCUCCUUCUGACGCGUCUUUACUAUUACGUGUUCCUGAACCAUCAUCGAAGUAAGCCUUUACAUUAGACUCUAGGCAGGCCAUUUGAACCGUGUGGAGGAUUCUGUUGUUGCUUUGAGGUAUAGCACUUAAUUUGUGCCUUGAAGAACCUUGGAUCAAAUUCUAAAAAAUACUGUCAUUAAUUUUUUUUUUCUUAGCAUGAGAUUUGUGCUAAGGCCAUACAAACCAGUUAACGAGACUGAGCAAACCAACUAUGACAGUUAUUGGCGUGAAAUGUUCUUCCAUAUUUGGGGCACUGUGGUUGCAGAUGGUACAUGUGAACCUCAGGUUUUAUGAAGUCGCGUCCAACACUAAAAUACCUUUUUUUUUAAUAUCCAUUAUAUUGUUACAUCUGUGUUUAAUAUCUUGGCAUUCAACUGUACGAUUAUGUAGUCUUAGCAGGUUCUUGCUUGUAAUUAUUUUUAUCUUGCAAGUUAUCACUAAAACACCGGUAUCCUCUGAGAACAUUGCAUUUGAAACAUUUUUGUUCCCCCCCCCCUUUUUUUUUUUAAAGUUUCAACUGGUGUUUCCACAUGUAGAAUCAGAGGAACUUGUUUAGAGAUUAUAAAUCUUUACCAUGCUUUGCUACUGUCAGUCUGUAAAUAUGUGGAUGUUGCAAGAAUUCUGUUAAAUUUGAAUUUCCAACUGACGGACUUGCUUGGCAUCUGAAGGGGAUAACUUCUAUGAGCGGCAUUUGUUGUGGGCCUACAACGAUUCACCAUGUGUUAUCGAUAUGACAACUGUGCACCUGUUUUGGUGUCAGUGACCAGUAUUUCUUCAGCUACAAAUUUUUACUUUCAUCUUUAUCAAUUUUACAUGCUACAUUACCUUACUGUUCACCCAUCUUUGUUGUAUUUUUACAAUGGGAAUGUGUUCUUUGUUCAUACUCAUGUUUGUCUGUGCUUCAAAGCUGAGCAAUGUACUUUUACCCAAAUGUUGAUACUCUGAAUGAAUUGAGAAUUUUUUUUUUUUUUUUUUUUUUAAGAUCAUGUCAGCAUAACGUUGGCGCUAGCAAGCUUGUGCCGUCUAAUGUGCAUGCUGAAGGUUGCAACAGUAUAACUGUCAUCUGAGGUAAUUUCAGCUUAUAGUUUUACUUCAGUAACAAUACCUUUUUUCACUCAUUAGAGCAACUGUACCCCAAAUCUGAAAUGCAUAUAUUUCUGGACACAUUUUGUGUUCUUGCAUUGUGCAUUGUCAUUUGCAUUGUCAUGUUUGCUUGCUGCAUUCGCUUUUCAUAAAAUGAACCCUCCUAACCCCCCCCCCCCCCCCUUCAAAAAAAAGAAGAAAAAAAAGACCCUCCAUUUUGAAUUAAUGUGUAGAAGCCAUGAUGCCUCAGUACUCUGCAAGGUGUCUGGGGAUGUUGCCCAUCACAAGUGGAUUUUUCAUUCUGGUGUCAAGAUCAACCAUUGCAGUCAUGCUCAUAUUGCUUUGUGCUUACUUCUGUAUUUGUAACUUCAGUGCGUAACUGAACAUAAAUAAAUGUACCUUGCGUUGGAA